GCAGAUCCACCGACUAAGAUGGAAAGUAUACAGCGUCACUACACCCGCUUGGAGAAGUGAAGGCUGUGGAAUCAAGUGCUCCCUGAGGGAAACCUGGUAUCACCUUUCCACUGCAGUGAGGAGGCGAACCAACCAGCCCAGAGCCUCCUGACAAGACAAGGUUGACUGACGGCUCUACCGCCCAAUCACAUGGCGUUCUUCGCCCCGCGGAUGGGCGGUGCUUCCUGGUGCGCCGUGCUGGUCGGGUCGCGGUGCCGGUCCCGGCUCGCGGAGGUGAUGGGGGCUCCGGGCAGCGCCGGCGGGGCCGGAGCGGGGCCGGGAUCCGGGUCGCCCCCGCCCGGGGACCUGCGCAGCGUGCUGAUCACCAGCGUGCUGAACCUGGAGCGGCUGGAGGUCGACCUCUUCAGGGGCCGGCACCACUGGGUGCCCGCCACGCAGCGCCUCUUCGGCGGGCAGAUCGUGGGGCAGGCGCUGGUGGCGGCAGCCCACGCCGUGAGCUGCGACGAGCAGGUGCACUCGCUGCACUGCUACUUCGUGCGGACAGGGGACCCCAAGGUGCCAGUGCUGUACGAGGUGGAGCGGACCCGUACUGGGAAGAGUUUCUCUGUUCGCUCAGUAAAGGCCAUCCAGCAUGGAAAGCCAAUCUUCAUCUGUCAGGCCUCCUUCCAGCUCUCCCAGGAAAGCCCAGUGAAGCACCAGUUCACCAUGCCGACCGUGCCACCCCCCGAGGAGCUGCUGACACAGGAUGAGCUCAUCCAGAAGUUCCUGCAGAAUCCUAAUGUGGCCGAGAGAUACAGGAAGCAACUCACCAAGAUCCAAGCUCAAGAUGUGCCAAUUGAUAUUAAACCCGUGAACCCACCAGAUAUAUUCAGCUCAGAGCCACAGGAGCCAAAGCAGCUCUUCUGGGUGCGAGCACGAGGCUACAUAGGAGAGACUGACAUGAAGGUGCACUGCUGCGUGGCUGCCUACAUCUCUGACUACGCCUUCCUGGGCACGGCCCUGCUCCCACACCGGCAGUACCGCAUCAAGUUCAUGGUGUCCCUUGACCAUUCCAUGUGGUUCCAUGCACCCUUCAGGGCUGACGACUGGAUGCUGUAUGAGUGUGAGAGCCCUUGGGCUGGUGGGUGCCGGGGCUUGGUGCAGGGACGGCUGUGGCGCAAGGAUGGGGUCCUGGCUGUCACCUGCGCACAGGAAGGUGUCAUCAGGGUGGAGCAAACACCAAAGCAGAGCAAGCUCUAGCUGAGGAGACCCUACAGACUGGGGCUCAGGCAUGCCGAGGGAGAUCAAGACAGGACCUGGACAGGAACAGGAAGGAGACCAGGUGGGACCAAGCACUGCAGGAAGUCCCGGUGCCAGAGGUGUCUGCAACAGUGACCAACAGAGCGUCGCUGCAACCAGCUGCUAGCUGGACAGCAUGUAACCGCACGCUGCCAUCAGCUAUCCUUCACCCAUCUUAAAAUAAAGCCAUUGGGUGAAGAGCUGGA